AGACAAGGAGACCGACGACGGUUGGUAAAGCGCAGAUCUUUCCGCCUUCACCUGGCGGCGGCCAUGUUCCAGCAUCCGGUUCGUCGCCGCCUCGCCGCGGCGGCAUGGAACUGGAACCGAGCCACCGCCACCCGCCAUUUGGGGCCUGGCGGAGUCCGGCAGCUUGGAUGGACCAAGGCGGCGAGCGACGGCCACGCCGCGUCGGCGCAGGAGAAGGCGCAUUAUGUGCCGCCCCUUUUCAGCGCGAUGAGGGCAGAUUCGGCCAAAUACUCCACCACGCCGGAUCCGAAGGAGGAGCAUCCGGAGCCGGAGCUGGAGGAGACGCCGACCUUUUCGUGGGAGCUCCAGGGCUUGCUCAACGAGGACUUGUACAAGGACCAGAUGAAGAGAAUCCCAGCGACUUUCACCUCAAUCAGGGACUACACGAGGUCCUUCCUGGUGCCACUGAUGGAGGAGAGGCGCGCCGGCGUCCGCGCCGCGCUGGAAGGCAUCGGCCACGCGCCGGUGGCUAAGGUGGACUGGAUCGAGGAGUACCGUCCGCUCUCAGAUCGGUCACUGUUAGGGUACACUCUCUGGUCGUCAGCUGGUGAUGGUGACUGUUAUUUCCCCAAGGACGACGAUGUGGUGCUGUUGACGCACCGGGGCCGACGUGCACGUCGGUGCCGGAGCAGCCGUGCGCCAUAG